AUCGACAGGAGGAGAGGAGUAAUAAGCGCAGCGCAGCGCAGGCAUCACCAUUCGCCAUCCAUAGCUCGGCAGAGCAGCUCGCUUCCUCGGCAGCAAUGGAGGACUCCACAACCACAGCCGCGCCUCAGCUCCUCCUCUGUGUUUGUGUCACCCUCGUAGUCGUGGUCGUAGCCUGGGUCCUCGCGCUCCACCACGGCCAUGCCCGCGACAAGAACCCCAAGCUCCCUCCCGGGCCGCCGGCGCUGCUCUUCCUCGCCAAGUUCCUGGCGCUCCGGCGCUCCAUCUUCGACCUCGGCCCGCUCCUCCGCGACAUGCACACGCGCUACGGCCCCGUCAUCUCCCUGCGCCUCGCCCGCACGCUCGUCUUCGUCGCCGACCGCCGCCUCGCGCACCGCGCCCUCGUCCAGGGCGGCGCCACCUUCGCCGACCGCCCGCCGCCCGUCGACCCAAACAGCCUGUUCAGCGCCGGCGGCCGCGACAUCAGCUCCUCGCCCUACGGGGCCUACUGGCGCCUCGUGCGGCGCAACCUCGCCGGCGAGGCGCUGCAGCCGGCCCGCGUCGCCCUCUUCGCGCCCGCAAGGCGGUGGGCGUGCGACGGCCUCGCCACCAGCCUCCGCUCGCACGCCGCGGGCGACGACGAGCCCGUCAUCACGCUGAGGCCGUUCCUCCGCCGCGCCAUGUUCGAGCUGCUGGUGUACAUGUGCUUCGGGGCGCGGCUCGGCCAGGACGCGCUCGACGAGAUCGAGGGGCUGCAGCACCGGGCGCUCCUCUCCGUCACAAGCUUCCCGGUCUUCGCCUUCUUCCCGGCGGUCACCAAGAGGCUCUUCCUCAAGCGGUGGGAGGAGUACGUCGCCGUGCGCCGGAGGCAGGACGAGGUGUUCGAGCCUCUCAUCCACGCUAUGCGGAGCGGAGAUGACCCGCCGUGCUAUGCGGAGUCCCUCCGCGCGCUGCGCGUGCCGGAUGAAAACGGCGACCGGCCGCUCACGGACGCCGAGAUGGUCAGCCUCUGCUCCGAGUUCCUCAACGGCGGGACGGACACGACGGUGACCCUGGUGGAGUGGAUCAUGGCCGAGCUGGUGAACCACCCCGACGUCCAGGCCAAGUUGCACCAGGAGGUGAACGCCAACGACGGCGGGCAGCUCCAGGCGAUGCCGUACCUCAAGGCCGUGGUGCUCGAGGGCCUCCGCCUGCACCCGCCGGGCCACUUCCUGCUCCCGCACGGCGUGCAGAGCGACGCGGCGGAGAUCGGCGGCUACACGGUGCCCAAGGGCGCGGAGGUGAACUUCCUGGUGGCCGAGAUCGGGCGCGACGAGACGGUGUGGACGGCGGCGCGGGAGUUCCGGCCGGAGCGGUUCCUGGACGGCGGCGAGGGCUGCGGCGUGGACAUCACCGGGAGCAGGGAGAUCAAGAUGAUGCCUUUCGGCGCCGGGCGGCGCAUGUGCCCCGGGUACGCGGUGGGCAUGCACCACGCCGAGUACUUCGUGGCGAGGAUGGUGCGGGAGCUGGAGUGGCGGCCGGCGGCGGACGGCGUGGCGGUGGACAUGGCGGAGGCGCUGGACUUCACCACCGUGAUGAAGCACCCGCUCCGGGCACGCAUCAUCGCCAGAAAAAAUCCAAAUACCUAGUUGUGUUGGUAUUGUUUGUAUGUAUCGACGACUGCAUCUCCAAAAUAGACUCAUAAUAGACUCAUCUCCAUCCCGGCUUCUUCGCCCGAACGUCGCUCGCCAAUCUGCCGUUUCUGCAUGCGUGUUUCCGUUCCCGCGCAUCCGAGCUUGCCUUCCCGCGCACCCUCAUCUGGUUUUAUAAUCUCGCGCAUCCAGGGUUGCCCAAAUCGCCAAGAAACCUCCUCCGCCUGCAAGAUCAGCCGUCGGAAUCGUCAGCCUCGUCACCGCUCAGAAGCUCGCCAUGUCCAUUCCCAGUCGUCGUGCGAGCACGCCCAGCGAUACGAUUUGUGGCAGAGAAAAAAAAAAGACGCCAGUGCUGACGUGGCUGUUGCGGAUGCUCUUAUGGUACGGCACCAAAGGAGGAGAGGAUAAUCAACAACAUCAGAUGUACUCCUUGGUCUGGCUCUUGCUGCAGAGCCCACAUGUUGAUCUAGAUAUAACAA